GAGGUGUCAAACAUAGACGAAGUCAAAAUUCUUCAUCAGCUCAGAUCAUACCUCAACAGCUCAGAUACAAAGAAUUUAGAAAUUAGUAUUGUUCUGGACCCAGACCUGACCUGGGACGCACUAAGGCGAUGCUGUGUCAUGAGAUAGCUUUCUGGUUUCUGAAUAGACCAAGAUAGAGAGGAAGUAGGGCAUAUCUCAGUAGUAAAUUGAACAUUUCCUAAGGAAUUUUCAAAUAUUCUACCAAAGUGGAAGCCAAGAUGAACGGGGGAUUUGCAUUUGCCAUGCUGACAUUUGCAAUGUCUAGCUACGUGGUUGGCAAUGCGUACAUCCAGAAGCAACAAUUUUAUCCCACGGUCGUCCACUUGACAAAGUCGAAUUCUUAUAUGGCCGUACUGUACGUCCAAGCGUUUGUUCUAGUGCUCGUCAUGUUCAAAUCAUUCAGGUGGAUCUUCUUUGGUCAGCUGCGUUUGGAGGAGACUGAGCACCUGGUCGAGCGCUUGUGGUACGCCAUACCCGAUACGUGCCUGGCGUUCACGUUCUUCUCGCAAGACUUCAGUCCUCAGUUCGUGGCCAUGUUCACGAUUCUGUUCUUGAUCAAGGCCUUCCACUGGCUGGCCGAGGAUAGAAUUGACUAUAUGGAUCGAAGUCCGAGCGUCAAUUGGCUAUUCCAUUUGCGUGCUUUAGGCAUGGUCGCCCUAUUAGCAGUCAUUGAUACGGUCAUCUCACUCAAGUCCCUGUCAUCUGUGCUAAACCAGGGGCCAUCUGUACAAGUUGUAUUUUCAUUUGAGUAUGCCAUUCUCUUGACAAUGGUCUGCACUAUAUUCGUCAAGUACGUACUACACUCGAUCGACCUGGCGUUCGAUCACCCAUGGGAGAACAAGCCCGUCUACCUACUGUGGUCUGACUUGUGCCUAGAAUUUAUCCGUGUCAUAUUGUAUUACACGCUCAUUUACUUCUUCCUGAUGAAAGUUCACACACCGCCGCUAUUUGCCUUCCGUCCAUCCUAUCAAUCACUAAUGCGAAUGUACAAGUGCAUUCGUGACAUCAUCCAAUCACGGCGUGCUAUUCUCAAUCUGAAUGCAUUACCCGAUGCGACCGCUGAGCAGCUCGCCAACCAGGACAACGUCUGCAUCGUGUGCCGCGACGAGAUGCAGCCCAACGCCACCUGCAAGGUGCUGCCGUGCUCGCACAUCUUCCACGUGGCCUGCCUACGCCGCUGGUUCCAGCGCCAGCAGACCUGUCCGACCUGUCGCACCAGUGGCCUGACCAACGCCGCUCCCGGCGGCGCUCGUGGGGCAGCAGCAGCACCGGCAAGGGGUGCAGCAGCGGCCGCAGCGGCGGCACCUGCUGCUGCAGCUCCCGCAGCGGGAGCACAGCAGUUCCAACCGGGACAGCAGCCUCACCCUGGCUUCAAUAUGAUGCCUGGCGGAGUGCCACCGUUUCCAAUGUGGCCACCGCCUGGUAUGUUUCCACCGCCGGUACCACCACCCGUAGCACCAGCAGCUGAUGGAACAGCACCAGCAGCAGCUCAAGGUGCAUCGUCAUCUGCAGAAGCUGCAGCGCAGCCGGCAGCUGGAUUCCCAGUUCCACCGCCUGGUUUCUCCCCAGUUCCACCCCCUGGUUUCUCCCCUGGACUACCCAUACCGCCAUUCUUUCCCCCGCCACCACCAUUCAUGCUUGGUGGAAUGAAUCAGUUACCGCCGGAUCUGUCACAGCUGAGCGAUGAACAAAUCAAGCAGCUGGAGGGUGACGAAAGGAAAGCUGCGGAAGCACGCAUCGAGGUGCUGCGCAACAUUCAGAAACUAUUAGACGCGGCCGUGCAGCAGAUGGAAAUCUACUAUUCAACGGCGUCAUCGCCGCCAGCUCCAUCCUUCAGAGCCGCUGCCGCUGCAUCAUCGUUCAAGGCGCCGGCAACGUCCACUCGCCAACAGGACCAAGGUAACACAACCACUCCAAGUGUUGAAACGCUACACCCGGGCCAGGCGCAGGGACAAGCUGCUCAGGCAGGCAGUGAGGAUACGCCGGCCGAGAUUCGACAGCGGCGCCUGGACUGGCUGCGCUCCACGUCUCAGCUCUCGGACGAUGCAGGCGCCAGCGGUGCGAAUACGCAAAGCAGUGAUGUGUCGCCGUCUGGCGAUCGGCGAAAAGCUUCCACCGAGGACGAUGUAGACUGAGUCUGCUCUGCAUUGUGUUGGAUUGGUUUACUACCUUGCUACCUAGCGCUUGCUUUCACUCUACGCUGACUGGGAAGUGCUUGCCUGCACCUGCACGCGACGAUUUGGCCAGUGCCAAUUUCGCCUAUGCUCGCGUGCGUACGUUUGAUUGUUCCCUUGCCCAACAUUUGCUGAUUGUACAUAUUUUGAAUUCCCACACGCACACCGUAUGUGUAUAGUCGGUACGCUAUCAUGUGAUUAUCGCGACUGAGCUGCUUUUUAACAACACUUGACAAGACUACAGUCUGGUACCCGUGUCCUUGCGCAAGUGUCUCUCUACUUCACUCUUGCUUUUUCUGUUUCUCAUGCGUUUGUGGGGAUUUAUUCCGGCCGUCCUUUUUUUGUGACUUGUUCAUAUCAACCGAUACUCUGUCUCUCCCUGCUUGGCUCUGCACAAGUCAAAUAGUUCGUCUUUGUGUUCUGCGCUACAUGGCAUACCUGUGCUGAGAUUUAUGCUUGUUUGUAAUAAAGAAUUCUUUUGAAA